ACAAAGUUUAUGAUUUUCAUGUCAAUGUCAAAUAUUGUUUCUCUAUUUUUGUCUAUAGUCACGUCUUUUUCUUCUGGUUGUCAAAAUGGGUGUCGACAUCAACCAUAAACACGACAGGAAAGUUCGGCGCACCGAAGUUAAAUCCAAGGAUGUAUACCUGAGAUUGCUGGUUAAAUUAUACAGAUACUUGGCAAGACGUACAAAUGCCAAGUUCAACCAGAUCAUCCUUAGACGGCUAUUCAUGAGCCGCAUCAACCGGGCGCCGCUCUCGCUGUCCCGGUUGGCGCGUCACAUGAGCAAACCCACUCGCGAAGACCUGAUCGCCGUGGUAGUUGGCACAGUGACCAAUGACACCAGGCUAUACAAGGUCCCCAAGCUAACAGUGGCUGCUCUACACGUCACUGAGAAAGCUCGCGCACGGAUUUUGGCUGCUGGAGGGGAGAUCUUAACAUUUGACCAGCUUGCGCUCCGUGCCCCCACUGGCCGCAAGACUGUCCUGGUACAAGGCCGCAGGAAUGCCCGUGAAGCUGUCCGUCACUUUGGCCCGGCGCCUGGAGCACCUCGUUCACACACCAAGCCCUAUGUGCGAUCAAAGGGACACGAGCGUGCUAGACCUAGCCGUCGCUCUAAUGUGUAAUCUUUUAAAUAUAAGGAGUACAAUCUA